UCUCCCAUGUACGAUAGUUAUGUGAUAAAACAAAAUGUUAUCGACAACCACUUUAGAAUGAUAUCAACUCCGUAUACCAUUUGAAGUAAAUCAAGCUCUUUCUAUGGUUUAUAUCGGAUUGGAGAUCUAUAUAUGCAGUCAAACUUGAUAUUUAUCGCUAUCAAUUAAAUUAAAUGAAUUAAUAAACGCCAAGUGGUUGUAUUUUUUACAAGAUAGGAAACAGUUAUUUCAUUUUUAAAAAUUAAAUCGACUUUAAACAUGCGAAGGAAAAAUGUGAAUGAGGCCAAUGUUGCAGACAAUGUCUCUGAGGACGACGCAGAUAUAAGAAAUGGAAUGUUAUAUUCCGUGGAAGAUACACCACCAUGGUACUUAUGCAUCCUCUUAGGCUUUCAACAUUACUUGACCGCUGUCGGGGCGCUCAUAUCGGUCCCUAUUCUGUUGAGCAGCCACUUCUGUAUGGAUAGGGACAAGGUUGGCCUCAGCGAGCUGAUUGGCACAAUCUUCUUUGUGUCCGGCCUGGCUACUCUUCUGCAGACGACGUUUGGUGUCAGGCUACCGAUCGUGCAAGGCGGAACCUUUUCCUUUGUGGCCCCUACUAUAGCUAUUAUGGCCCAGUGGGGAUGCCCGUAUACAGAGGCUAGGGACAAAUAUGGCGAGUCAGUGAAUUUCACAGCACUGGGUCUACCGGAAGUUGGAAGUGAGGAGCACAGAGACAUUUGGAUGGAGCGCAUUAGAGAGAUACAAGGAGCUAUCAUAGUAUCAUCGGUUUUCCAAGUGGUGAUUGGUUUCAGCGGUUUGAUGGGUUUUGUAUUAAGAUUCAUUGGACCCCUAGCUAUCACCCCUACAAUAUCGCUUAUUGGACUCUCCCUGUUUAAAACUGGCGCCGACAUGGCCUCUACACAGUGGUGGAUCGCUAUAACAACUAUCUUCUUGAUAACAAUAUUCAGCCAGUAUCUACGGGACGUUAACGUGCCGUGGUUUACAUUCGGACGUGGCGGAUGUCAGAGACGUGGUCUGCCGAUAUUUAUACUUUUCCCGGUUCUCCUCGCGAUGGGGAUAUCUUGGGGGAUCUGCGCUGUUCUCACAGUCACCGACGUUCUACCCAGUAACGCCACAGAAUGGGGCCAUGUCGCACGGACCGACAUAGAGGAGGACGUUCUGCAAAAGUCUCAGUGGUUCCGGUUUCCGUAUCCAGGACAAUGGGGAUUGCCAACUGUCAGCGCUGCCAGCGUGUUCGGAAUGUUAGCAGGAGUCCUCGCUUCAAUGAUCGAGUCAGUUGGUGAUUACUACGCAUGCGCAAGAUUAUCUGGAGCCCCACCACCACCAACACACGCAGUCAACCGGGGAAUAGGCAUUGAGGGAAUUGGUUGUAUUCUUGCUGGGGCGUGGGGAUCAGGAAACGGGACCACCUCUUACAGUGAGAACAUCGGAGCUAUUGGUGUCACUAAGGUUGGAAGUGUAAGAGUCGUGCAAGUCGGUGGAAUAGUGAUGUUGUUGUUGGGAUGCUUUGGUAAAUUUGGAGCUCUCUUUGCAACUAUACCUGCUCCAGUCGUUGGCGGAAUGUUUAUGGUUACUUUCGGUAUGGUUACGGCGGUGGGGUUAUCGAACCUGCAGUACGUGGACUUGAACUCUUCGCGGAACAUUUUCAUUCUAGGCUUGUCCUUGUUCUUUGGACUUAGUGCUCCCUUUUGGGUGGCUAACAACCCAACCGCAAUUGACACAGGAAGCACAGUUGCUGACCAGAUUUUCUCUGUGCUACUUAGUACAAGCAUGUUUGUGGGUGGUUUCAUUGGGUUUGUUUUGGACAACACUAUUCCAGGGACACCUAAGGAACGCGGUCUGUUGGACUGGAGAAAGUUGAGUACAGGGACGGCUGAAAGUCAGAAUACAAGAAUGCAUAUUUAUGACUUGCCUCUUAUCCAACCAUACCUAGACAAUAUUUCCUGUCUGAAAUACAUGCCAUUUUGUCCAAACUUUAUGAAUAAGGGUGACAAGUAUCAAAAGAAAGAAGAGAAUGGUGUUGAAAUGAACGGGGACAAUAUAAAAAGCGGUAUUGACAAUACUGCCAUAGUACUUGAUGAUGAACAUGAAUUAAAUGCGCAUUUGUGAAUAUGUUAAAUGUGUGUUUGAAUCUCUCAAUGCGUGCAUGUAAAGAUUUGUGCAUAACUAUUGCAAACGAUUGUUUUGGAAAAUGAACUAUCAUCUCCCGGUGUUUCUCUGUAAUAAAGUUGUAGUCUACAUAUUUGCUUUAGAACACUACGAUGGAUCAUCUUUGGUAUCUGAAUUGGAUAUUCGAAGAUUCAACAGUCUACUUAUCAUUUGCAUGUGUAAUCUGUGGAAGAAGAUAUGCUGAAUAUAAAUGCUUAAUUAUAAAUUAGUUCUCAGUUCUGGUCCAUUCUUGAAGAAUCCUUUGAAACACAGAAUACUCCAAGAUAAUGAAAACAACAGUUUUGGUUUGGUUGAAGCUGUUCAUUGAUAGUAGUGAGAAAUGCAAGACUAACAUUUUCUUCAAACUUUAGGUGACUUUGGACAGUCUUUUUGCUAGACCAGUGUUUAAGCUUGAACAAGAUCACAGUGUUUUUGCUUGAACAAAUUCAUAGUGUUUUUGCUUGUACAAGAUUACAGUGUAUUUGCUUGAACAAGUUCCUAAUGUUUAUGCUUGAACAAGUUCAUAGUGUUUAUGCUUGAACAAGUUCAUAGUGUUUAUGCUUAAACAAAAUCAUAGUGUUUAUGCUUGAAAAAAUUCACAGUGUUUUUGCUUAAACAAGAUCACAGUGUGUUUGCUUGAACAACUUCCCAAUGUUUAUGCUUGAACAAGAUCACAGUUUUUUGCUUGAACAAGUUCAUAGUGUUUUUGCUUAAACAAGAUUACAGUGUUAUUGCUUGAACAACUUCCCAAUGUUUAUGCUUGAACAAGAUCACAGUGUUUUUGCUUGAACAAGUUCAUAGUGUUUUUGCUUAAACAAGAUCACAGUGUGUUUGCUUGAACAACUUCCCAAUGUUUAUGCUUGAACAAGAUCACAUAUUUUUUGCUUGAACAAGUUCAUAGUGUUUUUGCUUAAACAAGAUUACAGUGUUAUUGCUUGAACAAGUUCCCAAUGUUUAUGCUUGAACAAGUUCAUAGUGUUUAUGCUUAAACAAAAUCAUAGUGUUUAUGCUUGAAAAAAUUCACAGUGUUUUUGCUUAAACAAGAU